CAGACCUUGUAAGCGAUCUUGUAGCUAGCAGCUCAUACCGUAGACGUAAGUGCCAUGUCUAGCAAGCAGACCAUGCAGCUCCUUCCAGUCUUAGUCUCCUUGGCCGUCCUCUUCGUGGGAGCGGCGGCGGCCAGGAAGACGACGCACAUCAAGUUCUACAUGCACGACGUGGUGACGGCGGUGCCGUCGAGCCCAGCGACGACGGCGGUGCGCAUCGCCAGGGGAGUGACGCCACUGCCCCUCGAACCCACCAUCCGGUUCGGGGACAUGUUCAUCAUCGACGAUCCUCUGACGGAGGGGCCCGACGCGGCGUCCCCGGUCGUCGGCAAAGCGCAAGGGUUCUACAUCUUCGCGUCGCAGACGGACUUCGCGCUGAUGCUGACCGUCAACAUGGUCUUCACGGCGGGGCCGCACAACGGCAGCACCAUCGCCGUGCUCUCAAGGGACGCCAUCCUCGACCCCGUCAGGGAGCUGCCGAUCGUUGGCGGCACCGGGGUGUUCCGCGGGGCCACCGGGUAUGGUCUGCUCCGGACAUACUCGGCAAACAGCACCACCUUGAACGCGGUUCUCGAGGUCGACAUGUACGUCCGCGCGCGUGUGUAAGCGCAACACACUAGUAAGCUUCCAUGCGUGUGUCAUCUGUGUGCUGGUUCUUUACAGGAGGUCAUUUAUCAGUUUGUAUGCAACAAUAUAUGUUUUUUUUGAAAUCAUAAUAUAUUA